UUGGGCGGCGAGGAGGAUGAGCCCGAAGGUCUGGGUGUGGUUUACAAGUCCACCCGCUCGCCCAGACCCGCGGGGCCUGAGGACAUGGGGGCGACGGCCGCCUACGAGCUGGACACAGAGAAGGAGCGGGACGCGCAAGCCAUCUCGGAGCGCAGCCGGAAGGUCCGCGAGGAGCGGAGGGGCAAGGACGACGACGGGAUCUACCGCGGGAGCAACAACUACCAGAGGUACCUGACGCCCAGGGACGCGUCUCGGGGCGGCGCCUCCUUCGGGGCGGCGAGGAAGGGCCCCCUCCGCGCGCCCGGGCACCUGCGCGCCACCGUCCGCUGGGACUACCAGCCCGACCUC